GUUAGCCAUCAAACGUAAGCUCUAUCUGAGCAGCAAUGGUUUAUCGUAUUCGGGCUAACCCCAACCUGCUUGGAAUAAAAUUAUUGGGAAAUCCUCGUUUACAUAAAAUAGAAAGGGUGUGUUGGAUACUAAUAAUUUUGGCAGCCGCCGGAUAUGCAAUUUUCCUUAUUAGGACAAAUUGGACCCAUUUUUCCGAUCAUCCUACGGUUGUUUCGAUUAAAAAAGACUUUCGAAAUUGGGAAAAUGCCUUCCCCGCAGCCACUGCUUGUUUCCUAAACAGGGUGGAUGAUGACAAAGCCUCUCAACUCAUUCGAAGGUUGUGGAAUGUCUCUAGCACGCACCCCAAGUAUCUCUAUUACCUGGACUUUAUUCAAAUCCUGGCGAAUAUUAGCUUCGAAAAUAUGUUUGCUUUAAAGAAGUUUGGAAAUGACCCUUCUUUGAAUCGUGUCGACAUGACGGAAAUAGUUACACAGGUACAUCCCGACAUUCGUGGGACAUUGGUAACUUUUCAGACUGAAAGUAGAACGGAGUGGCAAUUGGUUUUAACCGAAAUAGGAUUGUGUUUUACGGUUAAUUCUAAAUUCGCAUGGUUGUUGUCCCCAAAUGACACAUUACAUUCGCACAAAUAUGCAAAUAUUUUACAUUGCCCAUAUUUAAAUGGUUUAUGUUAUGCCAGAUACGAUUCCGAUCCAACUUUGCCUCUGAAUUAUUACAUUCACUCCAAUCUUGACAUAAUCCACGCCACGACAGAAUCUCCCCUAACCGUAUUUGAAAGUGAGGAAUUGGAAGUCAAUUAUGAAUUAAUGGAAACAACGUCAUCUCCGAAUAUUAGAUACCUGACACCGUUUCAAAGGAAAUGCAGAUUCGAUGACGAACCUAUUACCAAAAACGUACCUGUUUACAGUAGUACUGUUUGCUAUACUAUAUGCCGGUAUCAGUUAGCGAUGAAUCGUUGUGGAUGUAAACCUUUUUUCUAUAUAUUUUUAGAGGGCAAAAUUUGUGACAUAGAUGGGCUCAUUUGUUUAGCUCGUUACUCGAACCUGUUUAAGGCAGCCAUAACCAAAAAUGAGUGCCAGUGCCCUCAACCAUGUCAUCACAUCUUGUACUUGAAAGAAUCAUCAAAGCUCACCAGAUGGCAAACGUCGUAUUUCGAACAAAGAAUAACAUUUAGAUGGGGAUUACUUCCACCAAAUACAAAAUACCACAGAGAUAUAUUAUUUGGUUUUCAAGGUCUGAUAGUGUCAUUCGGGGGGAUUCUAUCCUUAUUCUUAGGAAUGAGUUUUAUUACCCUCAUCGAAACAACAGUUUCAAUUGCUGAAUGGUUAUAUGGGGGAACAAUUUAUAUCAUAAAUCAUUUUAUGUAA